UGUUCCAUUGUCUGCCUGGCUGUCAGUGUGGGACAUCAGUCAUUGACUUCUAUUGUUCCAUUGUCUGCCUGGCUGUCAGUGUGGGACAUCAGGCGUGUGUGUGUGAGUGAGUGAGUGUGUAUGGUCAGUGUGUCUAUGUUAUCACACCUGUGUGAGCAUCAGAGAUGGAGUUGGAUAGUAAGCGCUAUUCUCGGAUGGAGGAGGAUGGAGGACAAGAUACAGACACUAAGGCUGUGGGCGUGGCGAAUGCCCAGUGCAUCAUGGGAGAGGAGACGAAGUGUAAUGACAUCACAGUGAUAGUUUCUAACUCCACCCCUUUCCGGAUCUCCCCUCUGACACACUGUUUAACGGCACCAUCUGGACUACUGGCAUAUCUCAUUACCACAGUGUGUCUGGGAGUGUUGUUGUUCGGGGUGGUCUGGUCCAUCGCUGAGAAGGAGUGUUAUCCAGGGGGGAAUCUGUUCGGCAUCAUCAUCCUGUUUCUCUGUGCUGUGUGUGGAGGAAAACUGAUCGGACUGAUCCAACUCCCCACACUGCCCCCCUUCCCCCCUUUACUUGGUAUGUUGCUGGCAGGUCUGGUGCUGCGUAACGUACCGUAUGUAACGGAGGCGGUCCACAUUGAGCAGAACUGGUCAGCAGCUCUGAGGAACAUCGCUCUGGCCAUCAUACUGACCCGUGCUGGACUGGGCCUCGACCCUUCGGCUCUCCGCAGACUGAAGGCGGUUUGUGUGCGACUGGCAGUAGGACCGUGUACAGUGGAGGCAUCGACAGUAGCUGUGAUGUCUCACUUCCUGAUGGGCUUGCCCUGGGUCUGGGGAUUCAUACUGGGGUUUGUUCUGAGUGCUGUAUCUCCAGCGGUGGUGGUGCCCUCCAUGUUGCUGCUCCAGAAGGAUGGCUAUGGCGUGAAGAAGGGAAUCCCUACUCUGCUGAUGGCUGCUGGGAGUUUUGAUGACAUCCUGGCCAUCACAGGGUUCACCACCUGUCUGGGCGUGGCCUUCGCCUCAGGUUCUAGUUGGUAUAAUCUGGGUAGGGGGGUGCUGGAGGUUGGAGGAGGAACAAUCAUAGGAAUCAUUCUUGGAUUCUUCCUCCAUUUUUUCCCCAGCAGAGACCAGGAGGAUGUGGUAUUGAGGAGGAGUGCGAUGUUACUGGGUCUGUCUGUGUUUGCUGUGUUUGGAAGUCGAGUGGUUGGUUUCCCGGGAGCUGGGGGACUCUGCACUCUGGUCAUGGCCUUCCUAGCUGCGCUGGGCUGGGGGACAGAGAAGGGCCCAGUAGCAGCAGUGGUAGGGAGGUUCUGGGACAUCUUCCAGCCGCUGCUGUUUGGACUGAUAGGAGCAGAGAUCACAGUAUCUACACUGAACCCCAACACAGUGGGUCUGGGUCUGGUCUGUAUCAGUGUAGGCCUGCUGGUUCGAGUUCUGGUAACUCUCUCUGUGGUUCUGUUUGCUGGUUUCACUCUGAGAGAGAAGCUCUUUAUCGCUUUGGCCUGGAUCCCCAAAGCCACCGUACAGGCAGCGAUCGGUUCUACAGCCUUGGACAUGGCCCGUGUGUCUGGAGAUGAGGUUCUGGUGAAGUACGGUCUGGAUGUUCUGACUGUGGCGGUUCUGGCCAUCCUCACUACAGCACCUGUAGGAGCCCUGGGGAUCGGCCUGGCAGGGCCCAGACUGCUGACCAGAGACCCGGAGGACACACACGCAGACAGGAAAGAGGGCACUGAAGUGGACGCCCCAGAGUCUGUCUCAGGACCCGUGUCUAAAGGGGUGGAGCCAUGUGAGAGCAAGAUGUGAGCUCAGCCAAUCACCUUCCAGACGGCAGGGUCCAUUGACCUUUACACAUUCAGCCCUGACCCCAUCUCCAUCAGGAGACCACUGACCUGUUGACCUUUCAGCCCUGACCCCAUCUCCAUCAGGAGACCACUGACCUGUUGACCUUUCAGCCCUGACCCCAUCUCCAUCAGGAGACGACUGACCUAUUGACCUUUACACAUUCAGCCCUGACCCCAUCUCCAUCAGGAGACGACUGACCUAUUGACCUUUACACAUUCAGCCCUGACCCCAUCUCCAUCAGGAGACGACUGACCUAUUGACCUUUCAGCCCUGACCCCAACUCCAUCAGGAGACCACUGACCUGUUGACCUUUACACAUUCAGCCCUGACCCCAUCUCCAUCAGGAGACGACUGACCUGUUGACCUUUACACAUUCAGCCCUGACCCCAUCUCCAUCAGGAGAUCACUGACCUGUUGACCUUUCAGCCCUGACCCCAUCUCCAUCAGGAGACGACUGACCUGUUGACCUUUCAGCCCUGACCCCAUCUCCACCAGCAGACCACUGACCUGUUGACCUUUGCAAUGACUUCAUGCCCUGUAUGUACUGAAUA